AUGAAAAGCUUGAGUCUUUUAGAAAACGAAGGAAUGACUGUGAAACCAGGAAAGGAACAGAAAGGAAUAGGUGGCCAGGAGAAUGAGGUGGAGGAAGGGGGCUGGAGGGCUGAGGGAAUUCUUAGAACAUUGGGAGAAAGUGCAGAGCCCACAGGGCAGGAGUCCCCACCCAAGCUAAGCAAUGAUUCAGUCUUCGUGCACUCUUAG